UCUUAAUUUCAAGGUUAAUACAUGAACGAGUAAUAAAAAUCAUAGCAAUUUAGCUAAAUUAAAGAUUUCAGCUAAUCCUAAUUUGAAAAAGAUUUAUUCUAGAAGACCUAUACUAAUAUGCCAUGGAAAUCAUAUAGAAUGUAUAACAAUGUUGAAAAAGAAAAUAAUUUUUUAUAUAAAAAGAUAGUUGAUAUAUCUGCUAAAGAUGUUUAAAAUGAAAUUACUUUAAAGGAGUAAAAAUAUGAGUUAAAGUAGAACAAUUAACUACUGGUUAGAGUCAAGAAGAGGUAGCAAAAUUCUGCUAAAAUAACAGAAGAAAAUAGAAGAAUGUUUAUGAAGCUCUACACUUAAAAACCUCAUAUCAAUUCUCAUCAAUAAUAGUAGGAUUAUCAGUAAAAAAAGCAAAUAAUUAAAAGAUUGACUAGAUUCCCUUUAUCAAACUCAAAGUGUAUUAAUAAUCCUCAAGGCAGUUAAGAGAGCAUAAAGAUAUAAUAAAGCCUUUUACCAGGAAACAAGUCAUUUGUUUACCAAGAUACUAAAUAUGAGGAAAUCGUAAAUGAAAUUAAUUAAGAAGAGUUUUAAGGAAUGAGAGAUUCACUUAGAGACGGAAGUUAUAAACUGAUUAACUUUGCUACAAAAGAUCAUAAUAUAAUAGCUUAAAGACCUAGCUCCAGUUGUAUGAAGAAAAGUUCCUAAAAAAAUAUUCCAACAGCUUAAAAGCAACAUUUAAACAUACAACAAAUAUAAAACCUAAUUAAGAAUCACAUUAAUACUGACCUCAAUACUGAAAAUAUUCCUCCUAAACCUAAAAUAGUUUAAAAACGAGCAUAAAGUGCUAUGAGAACAACUAGAUAUAAACAAUCCGAAAAUUAAAUGUUAUUUGUGCCUACUUUUAAGUAACAUCCAAGCAUAAAUAAUGACAUUUAGCAAUCAAAAAUAAAUGAAUGUCAUACAACAACAAGGUAGAGAAGUGAUAGUCUGAGAUAAAGAAAACUGUCUUUGCCUGAUACACAGUAGUUACAAUAAUUUUAACUAAAAGAGAAGGAUGAAGAGGAAGAAGAAGAGGACCUUUGCUAUGACUAACAAAAGGAGUUUCGUUAAAUUGCAUAGUAAUAUGAACAAAUAAAAUAUGAAAAGGCUAAAAGUAAAGAAUAAAUAUAAAAAUAAAUACCUUAAACAAAGUAUUAAAAAGGUGACUCUCUAAAUUAUUCCUAAUCUAAUAUAAAUUCAAUACAUUAUUUAUAGUCUAUUGAAUAGCGUAACUGUACCUAGCCAGAAUAAUCUACAUUAACAAUAAAUUAAAUUUUGAAGCAAUAAAAUUCUUACUAAAAAAACCAUUCUAUUUCUGCUUCCAAAUAUAAUUGCAAAGAUUUUUCUGCAAAUAUAGAAGGUAAUUCUUAAGUCAGUGGUUCUAUUUAGGUAAAAAACUUUUUUGAAGAUGAAAAAGGAAUAAGCAAACAAAAAUAUUAUUACAGAAAUGAGUUAAAGCAUACUGAGUAAUCUCCUGGAUUACACAACAGCUAAGAUAUAAUUGAUAUCUACAGAUAAUCAAAAACAUAGCCUAUAUAUUAAAGCAAUAGUAGCUCAGUAAAUUAUUCUUAUGCCUAAAAUAAAAACUUUGAAAAAAGCAUUGAACAAAUUUCUAAUAAAAACAAAAAUUAAUAAAUUUACUUAGAACAAUUAGAAAACCAAGAUAAUGAAAUAAAUUAAAAUGAUAUUUAUUCAGACAUUUCUACAAUCAAAACAAAAAAAUUCGACUUGAUAAAUCAAAGAAUGAUGUAAAUUGUUUAGUAGAAAAAGUAAAGCUAAUAAUAGUAAUAAUUCACUACUAUUGAUAACAAGAGAAGAAACUAUGAACAAGAUUUUGAGUAAAGCCCUACAAUUAGAAAAAACAAAGUAGGAAUAUAUUAUUUAAAUUCAACUAAUAAAAAUCAGGAAAGUGCAGAAAAAAGUGCAAGAAAAAGCUAUUAAUAAAAAAUUUUAAAUGGAAAAGACUUGGAUUAACAUGAGAGUUUUUCAUUUAAUUAAGCUAAUUUAAGUAAACUCAAUAAAUAAGAAUAAGCUGAAAGGAAAAAAGAUAGCUAAUAAGUAUCUUUUAGGAAAAAAAGCAUUGUUUCAAAUAGUUUGAAUAACAAUUCAAUUGAUAAUGGCAUAAACUUUUUAAAAAUGAAUGUCUGUUAGAAUAAGACUAAUUAGCAUCUAAAUUAAGAAGAAGUUACCUAUUAACAAAUUUAUGACUUACCAAUGAGUAAAAGAGUUACAGAAUAAGAAUAACAUUAAAUUAAAACAAAUUUACCUUUAUCUAUAAAUUAAAACUAAGAUGAAAAGUCUACAAUUAAUCAUUCUAAAAAUCCUCCUUCUUACGUUUUACCUGAGCUUAGCUAAAAAAAAGAUAAAACUAAAAAAAACUUUUGA